GGUGUCGGCAAUCAACAAAUUACUGCCUGACUCAUAUAAAAGAAGUGGUCUGUGGUUCAAUGUGAAGCUGCUGUGUCAACUUGAAGCAAGUGCAGAAUACUGACCAAAGAUGUCUGGCCGUGGGAAGAAAGCUGCGCCCAAACCCAAGUCUUCAUUGUCCCGGUCUUCCAGAGCAGGGAUCACUUUCCCAGUGGGCCGCAUCCACAGGCUGCUGAAGAAGGGCCAUUAUGCUGAGCGCAUUGGCAAUGGUUCUGCUGUGUAUCUCGCUGCUGUCCUGGAGUACCUCUGCGCUGAGAUCAUAGAACUGGCAGGAAAUGCCAGCCGUGACAACAAGAAGCAGCGCAUCGCUCCUCGCCACAUCUUGUUAGCAGUAAAAAAUGAUGAAGAGCUCAACAAACUGCUGGCAGGGGUCACUAUCUCAGAUGGAGGCGUCAUCCCAAACAUCCAGGCAAGCCUUCUCCCCAAGAAGACUAAAACGCCCAGAGAUGAUGCAUCUGCUAAAGAUGUUCAGUCUCAAGAGUUUUAAUUGUGAAUGUACAAGUUCAACAAAUUUUAUCAAGUAUUAAAGUGUUUUUUUUAUAAAUGUA